AUGCAACCCAACAAACCAGCACUAGAAGCCAAGAUGGAGAAAAUCUCCACAGCCACCAUGUAUUUCCCUUUGGUGUUCAAGAAGGCCAGAACUACAGUGAUAGUUUUGCCCAACACAGAAGAAACAGAGACAGAGGAGAUGAUGCCAAAAACUGUUUGUCGAAGAAGACAAGAAACUUUCCCAGGCCAGCCAAUGAACAGAAAGGAACUUAGGAAACCCAGCAAGAGAGAGGAAAGCCGAGUGCAGGUGAUGCUCCAGUUGUUGGCUUUGACAAUGGGAGUGUCCUGGUGCAGGAUGAAAGUCCCCACCACUACCAUGGUGAUUGCAAAAAAGAAAAGGACAAAGGAAGUCAGAAUGAUUCCUAAAGGUUCUCCAUAUGAUAACACAGUGCCUAACAACUACCACCAAGUCCUUGCCUUUUUGUUUGCCAUUUAUGAGAUUAAUAAGAAAACCCAGCUCUUACCCAACCACACAUUGGAAUACUUGAUCUCUCAAAAUGCUUACAACAAAAUGGGAACCUCGUAUGCAACCAUGGAUCUCCUUUUUACAAGACACGGGAGUUCUCUUAACUACAUCUGUAACAAGAAAUGCAAGCUAGUGACUGUCAUUGGUGGGCUCACCUCUCAUAACUCUAAGCUGAUGCCACACAUUUUAAAUAUCUACAAGAUGCCACAACUCAGUUAUGACUCCUUUGACCCUGCACUGGGUGAUAAAACACAGUUCCCUUCCGUCUAUCGGAUGAUCCCCAGUGAAAGUCUACAGUAUGUUGGGAUUGCUCAACUGCUUCAGCAUUUUGGAUGGAUGUGGAUUGGCCUUAUUGUUUCAGAUGAUGACAGUGCAGAAAUGCUAUUGAGGACCCUCAUUCCUUGGCUACUCCAGAGCCAUAUUUGCAUUGCUUUUAAGGAAAUUAUUCCAUCGCUGAAGGAUCACUGGGAAGGCUACUGGGGAGAAACCAAAAAAAUUAAUCAUAAUUUGGAAAGAAUACAUUCCGUGCUCUCAUUGACCACAACCAAUGUGAUUCUUGUUCAUGGGGAUUUACGGGCAAUGGAGGGCUUACGAAAGGUUCUAGUGAUACAGGAAUUUGAUGAAAAGAAGCCAAUAGAGAAGGUUUGGAUCAUUACUGCUCAGUGGGAUUUUGCAUCUGUAAUGUUAAGUGAUGUAUUUACACCUAAAUCCUUUAAUGGCACCUUGUCCUUUGCAUUCCACACUAAUGAUGUAGCAGGAUAUGAAGAUAUCCUUGAGACAUUAAAUCCUAAUCAGUUUAAGUUUUAUUUCUUCCAUAACUUUUGGUCCAGUGCAUUUUUGUGCUCAUUCCCAGCAUAUCACAUAUACAAACCACAGGCAAAAAACUGUACUGGGGAAGAGAAGUUGAGGAGCCUUCCUGAAUCUGUCUUUGAAAUGGAGAUGCCUGGCCAGAGCUACAGUAUCUACAAUGCUGUCUAUGCUGUUGCACAUGCUCUCCAUGCCAUGUUGUCAUCAAAUUCGAAGCAGAAAGCAAUUGGGGGUGGAAAUUUUCUGAAAGUUCAACCAUGGCAGCUUCACUCCUUUUUGAAACAUAUCCGCUUCAACAAUAGUGCUGGGGAAGAAAUAUUUUUUGAUGAAAAUGGAGAGUUGGCAGCUGGAUAUGAUGUUAUCAACUCAAUCAUAUUCCCCAAUCAGUCAAUCCAUAGAGUCCGUGUUGGAAGGAUCAACCCUCAGGCAACGGCAGGACAAGAUUUCAUCGUUAAUGCAAGUGCCAUUGUGUGGAAUCAAAAGUUUAGACAGACCGUACCCCAAUCCAGCUGUGUUGAGAGAUGCCAUCCUGGACACAGCAAGAUUGUUCGUCAGGGGCAACAGAUUUGUUGUUACGAUUGUCCUCACUGCUCUGAAGGAAUGAUUUCAAGCCAGAUGGAUGCAAAAUAUUGCAGCAAGUGUCCUGAGGAUCAGCACCCAAACAAAAACCAGGAUUGGUGUAUCCCCAAAUAUAUAACCUAUUUGACCUAUGGCGAUCCAUUGGGAAUCAUUUUGUCUUUCUCUGUUCUGUUCUUCACCCUGAUCACAACUGUGGUGAUGUGGAGUUUCAUUCAGCACAAGAACACCCCCAUAAUCAAAGCCAAUAACUGGAACAUCACAUGCACCCUGCUCAUUUCUCUGUUGCUUUGCUUUCUGUGCUCUUUUUUAUUCAUUGGACGGUCUGAGAAAGUAACCUGCCUUCUCCGUCAAACAGUCUUUGGGAUCAUCUUCUCCCUUGCUGUUUCUUGUGUGUUGGCUAAAACCAUCACUGUGGUUCUGGCCUUCAUGGCCACCAAGCCAGGAAACAGGAUGAGGAAGUGGGUAGGGAAGAGGCUGGCAAUGUCAGUCAUCAUCCUCUGUACUCUUCUUCAAACUGGCAUCUGUGCAGUGUGGCUGGCAACCUCUCCUCCCUUCCCAGAGUUUGACAUGCACUCCCAGACUGACCAGAUCAUUGUGCAAUGCAAUGAAGGAUCAACCCUCAUGUUUUACACUGUCCUGGGCUACAUGGGGCUUCUGGCCAUUAUCAGCUUCACCAUGGCUUUCUUUGCCAGGAGGUUGCCUGAUUCUUUUAAUGAAGCCAAGCUCAUUACCUUCAGCAUGUUGAUUUUCUGCAGCGUUUGGUUAUCUUUUGUCCCAACCUACCUGAGCACCAAAGGGAAAUACAUGGUGGCUGUGGAGAUCUUUUCCAUCUUGGCAUCUAGUGGUGGAUUGCUGGCUUGCAUUUUCCUCCCUAAAUUUUACAUUAUUGUACUGAGACCUGAACUGAAUACCAGGGAUCAGCUUGUAAGGAAAAAGGAUCAUGGUGUCUAG